AUAGGCACAAUAUUUGAGGAAAUACAACAAGCAUUUGGCUACUGGCCUCCGGGUGUGAGACCACCAUUGAUGUCGAUGGGGCGACCAUUUCAUGGUUUCGUGCCCAGUCCAGUCACCGAUGAGGAAUCGUUCGCUGCACAAACUCCAGCAGUUCGAAAAACUUUCGUUCAACUACUGGAUCACUUCAACAAGAAUGACAAACGCGUUUGGAAUCAGACCUACUUCGUAAACGAUCAGAACUAUAAAAAUAAGGAAGUGGUUUUCCUGAUAGUGGGUGGAGAAGGACCUGAGAGCGGUUGGUUAGCAGAAUCCCAGGGCACACCUCUGAUGACAAUGGCCGAGCAAUUCGGCGCAAUAAUAUUUGAUCUGGAGCAUCGUUUCUACGGAUCCAGCAGACCAUUUCCACUUCAAACAACGUUAAAUCUGCGAUAUUUGACGAGUCAUCAAGCAGUUGAAGAUAUUGCUUAUUUCAUCAGAUAUAUCAAUAAAAUGUACAAGUUCAAGAACCCUAAAUGGAUCACUUUUGGGUGUUCUUAUCCUGGUGAUUGCAUCUUUUCAUCGAAUCUUUUCAUAGGCUCUCUGUCUGCUUGGGUUAAUGAGUUACAUCCUGAACUUAUUACCGGAUCAUACAAAUAUCUGGAAGUGGUUGAAUCGGCGAUAAAAGCUUACAGUACUGACUGUGCAAAUAAUAUCGGUGCUGGAAUCGCUGAAAUGGGACGUUUAAUAUGGACACCCGAAGGACGCAACAAGCUUAGCGAUGUUUUUCAUUGUGCAUUNCCCCGACUAAAUGAAACAGCACUGUCGUACAACGACAUCGCAUACUUCUUGUUUUGCAUUCACGUUAAUUUCCAAACAUCCGUACAAUACAGUGAGGACAAUGCUGCAACAUACUAUAAGGCGGGAAGUAUAGCUGAUUUAUGCAAGAUAAUGAACAACAAUACUAUGACUCCCAUGGAGAGGCUGGCACAAGUAAAUAUCUAUAUGGUUGAAAUCUUUGGCUACCCAUUCACCGGUACAUAUGCUAGUUAUGAUGGAUACGUCAAAUAUAUCCAAGAUGUCAAUUACUACGGCGAUGGAGAUGACGCUGCAAGUCGAGGAUGGGUCUGGCAGACAUGUAACGAAUUCGGAUUUCUUCAGUCAACCGAUACGGGAAAGAAUAUAUUUGGCAGUCAAACACCUGCCAAUUUGUUCAUCAAUUGGUGUUCCGACAUUUUUGGUCCAGACUUCAAGGCGUUGGCUGUUGAAAAGCGUACCCACGAUACGAAUGCAUUUUAUGGAGGAAAGGAUGGCUAUCGGGGUAGGAAUGCAAUCUUCAUCACUGGCGGUGCUGACCCAUGGUAUCCACUCGGUGUUUACUUCAACAGGAGUUCUGUAGUUUCAUAUCGUUCACCAGGUACGGCACACUGCGCUGAUAUGUAUGUACCAAGAAGGAUGGAUAAGCCUGGUUUGGCAGUAGCUCGUCGCUUGGUGAAGGAGAAUGUUGCAAAAUGGUUAGGAAUUCCGUUAGAGAAAUCAUCAGAUGAAGAAGCUGCUGACCCAAAACACGAAGAACAACAGCAGAAACAGGAACAACCGUCAAUAUUCAAAUACCCACAAAUGAAAGAGUUCAGUUCAACGAUCGAACAGCUUCCUCUGGAACCAUUCAAAGAGGCAAUUGCACCACGACACCACAAAUCAUCCUUUUAUAAUGGUCCGGCAUUCUUAAUGGGACGUCCCCGAGGAGGUUUCAUCGCAGAGCCACCGAUGCCAGCAAUCAGCGAUUACCCUCUCGGUUUUGUAGCGGGCACGAUACAGCAACCUGUUGACAACUUUAAUGCUUCUUCAAAGGCUACCUACAAACAGCGCUUUUGGUAUAAUCCGCAAUACUACAAACCCAACGGCCCAUUGUUUUUGUUUAUUUGUGGUGAGAGUCCAGCUGAUAUCAAAUGGGUAACAAAUCCGGACGUUCAAAUUAUGACUGCUGCUAGGGAAUACAGCGCUUCUGUUUUCAUGCUGGAGCAUCGAUAUUAUGGAAAGAGUUGGCCAACACCAAAUCAAUCGACAGAGAAUCUGAAGUGGUUAUCCGUUGAGCAAGCAUUGGCUGAUGCAGCGCGUUUCAUAAAGGCAAUGAACAAAGAGCAUGGUUAUGUGAAUCCAAAGUGGAUCACAUUCGGAGGAUCGUAUCCAGGUAGUAUGUCCGCGUGGAUGCGUCAGUUCCAUCCAGACCUAGUGACUGGUGCGAUGGCAAGCUCAGCACCUAUUGAAGUGAAAGUUGAUUUUUAUGGAUAUGAAUUGCAAUGUCAGAAUUCACUGCAAAUAUACAAUCCAGCUUGUUCUGAAAACAUUGGAAUCGCAUUUGAAAAUAUGCAUCAGUUGUCAUUGACUGGUGAAGGUCGUGUAGAAUUAUCAAAGAUAUUCAACCUCAUUCCAGCUUGGAAUACUAGUACGAAAGUCAAUGAGAAGGAUAUGCAAAACUUCUUCGCGAUCAUGUAUCAGAACUUUGACAGCAUCGUGCAAUACAACAAUGAUAAUCGGGGCAUAUAUGCAUAUGGUGAAGGAAUGCGUGAGGGCUGUGGAAUAAUGCAGAAUAACGAGAGAUUCCCAAUGCAGAAUUUAGCUGAAGUUAAUAAAUACGUUGCCACAUUCCCGAAUGGGACUUUCAAAUAUACGGAUUACGUUUACCAGCAUCUUGUCGACUAUUUAAAGUAUGACAAAUUUUUCGAUGGAUCUGAUUGGCGCACAUGGACGUAUCAAACCUGCACACAGUUUGGUUUCUUUGAAUCAACAGACAUUGGCUACAAUAUAUGGGGUAGUCCAGUUCCUGUGAACUUUUGGAUUGAAAUGUGUGCUGAUAUAUUCGGCCCCAAAUUCACAUCGAAACGCAUUUACAAAGCUGUUGACGAUUUGCAGAAACUGACAGGCGGUAGAGAUCACUACCAUGGCACAAACGUUAUGUUCACGAAUGGAAAUAUUGAUCCCUGGCAUCUUCAAGGCAAAUAUAAUGGUACUGGAACAGUCACAACGAUUCUUAUGAAUGGUACUGCCCAUUGUGCCGAGAUGUACCCACCACGACCUCAAGAUGCACCAGAUCUUAAACCUGUCAGAGAGUUAGCAUUAAAGAAAAUUGGUGAAUGGCUUGGUAAGUUCUUUUACUCGUAA